AUGUUGGCCCACAUCGCGUGGCCAGCUAUCCCUUUCUCAAAGCACUGGCCGUCAGGGCACAGGCCCAUACGCCUCCUGCUGCUCCUUUCUCCAGUUCGUCUUCCUCCUCUGGAUCGAAACCUUGGAGCCUGCUCCGUGGACCUGUCCAUGGAAACGGAGGGCGAUUCCGAACAGAGGAUUAGCCGCGGGCAUGCGGGCAAUACUGGUGCUGCCCGGCCUAUAGAGUCCCAGGCUUCUAUCAGCGUCGCCGAGGCUGACAUUCGCCAUGCAGGGGACCUCCGUAGCGGUGGCGGAGAUGCCGGAUUUCUUGGCGAGGACCCGCUCUUGCAAGUUUGUUCGGAGGCUACGAGCGGAUGGACACGCAGGGUAAGGAUCAGAAAGGCCCCCGCUGAGCGCGAGCUCAACCCGAACCGGAAAAGUGCCCUUGAAUUGUCCAUGAGGGCUUUCAUAUUGAAAAGAGAUGGCAAUGUUGUCAACCCAGCUGUCGGGACCUCUUUUGAUUCAUUGGAUGAAGCCUAUCAAUUCUACAAUUUAUAUUUGUGGGAGCUUGGAUUUGGUAUAAGGUAUUCGAAAAGCAGGCUAAAUGUGGAGCGGGUGAAGUGCAUGCAGGAGAUAGUCUGUGGAUGUGCGGGUAAACCGGAGAGGGAGAAUACAAGAUCAACACGGUGCGGUUGUGCUGCCCGGAUCAGGCUGCUUCGGUCGGACGACAAUGGAUGGUAUAUUUCAGAGCACCGGGCGGCACACAACCACUCUUUGUCAAGCACUUGUGGUGAGAAGAUGCAUUGGCCGUCGCACAGGCUCAUUGACCGGUAUACUAAGGAUCUUGUUAGGCAGCUUAGAGAGAACAAUGUCAGUCUUGGAAAGGUUUAUAGUAUAGUUGGUAGUUUUUUUGGAACAGUUGAUAAUGUGCCAUUUACAAAACGGUCACUGAAGACGCUGUGUAGCAAGUUGAACAAGGAGCAUUCUGAUUCAUAUGCCUGGAAAACAAUGGACAUACUUGCGGAGAUGAAGGCAAACGAUCCAGAAUUCAACUAUACUGUCCAGGUUGAUGACGAGAGCAGGAUUAAGACACUUAUGUGGGUUAACAGGCGUAGUGUGGACCAGUAUAGGUGUUUCGGAGAUGUUGUAACAUUUGAUACCACAUAUAGGACCAACCUAUAUGACAUGCCAUUCGGUCUGUUUGUAGGAGUGAACAAUCACUUCCAGAGCAUAAUUUUCGGAGGUGUCAUGCUGAGGGAUGAGAAGGAGGACACAUUCAAGUGGGUUUUCCGUGAAUUCAUCAGGAUGGUCGGGGGUAAACACCCGCAAACAAUAUUAACAGACCAGGCGUGGUCAAUGGAAUUGGCUAUAGAAACAGAGAUGCCCAAUACAACGCAUAGGUGGUGUAAAUGGCAUGUGCUGAAGAAAGCAAAGGAAUCAAUGGGGGUUUUGUGGAGCAAGAAAACUGAUUUCAAAAGUGAAUUUCAUAAGCUGGUUCAUCACAUGGUCACGGAGCAAGAGUUCGAGGAUGGAUGGUCUGCAAUGCUUGAUAAAUAUUCACUGAGAAAGCACCCGUACCUUACUCAAAUUUAUGAGGUGCGGCAUAAGUGGGCAAAGCCGUAUUUCAGAGGUGUUUUUUGCGCAAAGAUGACUAGUACUCAACGGAGUGGAAGUGCCAAUCACAUGCUUAAAAGUUAUGUCCCCCCGGGCUGUCCAAUGCAUCUGUUCCUCAAACAGUACGAGAAGCUCCAGUUUGACAGAGAGUCUGAAGAGAGCUUCCAGGAGAAACGAACCGCACUGAGUGGGGUUUUGUUGCGAGUAAAUCUUCCAAUUGAGAGGCAUGCUAGCAAGAUAUACACAAGGGCAAUGUUUGAGCAAUUUGGAGGUGCUUUGUACAAGGCAGGGGCCUAUGAACUGGAUGUUGUUGUCCCGAAAAAGAUAUACAUUCUUACUCACGUUGAUGCUCUGGCAAGAGAGAAAUGGAGCAAAGUACAGUUCAAGGUUGAAGUCGAUGAUGAUCAGAGUUUCUUUAAUUGUGAAUGUGGGAUUUUCGAGCACUCUGGAAUGGUUUGCUGUCAUUCGUUGAAGGUUAUGAUUGAGCUCAAAUUGAGCAAGAUCCCAGAUAAGCACAUACUAAAACGCUGGACUAGGGAUGCCCGCGAUAUAUUUCCGGAGCACCUUGUUCGAUACCAGAAGGACAGAGGGCCGCAUGGUUUUGAUACUUACAGGCACAACGCCAUGUACAUGAAGGCGCUUGAAUGUGUUAGGCUGGGCGAUAGUAAUGUGAAGUGCUAUGAUGUUUUCAUGGCCAUGAUGAAGGAGCAGGGUGGCGUCGUGCAUGGUGUGGGCAACGACAUCGUGUCUCAUGCAUCGGCCUCUCUUUGCACCGCAGCAGACGAGGUUAGAUUAUGGAUUGAAAAAUUAGAAACUCAACUUCAUUUUGUUUUCUCUUCUCGCUAG